CCCUGGAGAGCAAAACACAGAAAUUAAUGUAAACAUCGAGAUGAACCGAAAGCCCCAAUUCGAGAAAUUGUUGAGUAACAUCGAGUAUUUGAGGGAGGCAUUGGGAAAAACGAAAGAUCUCGAAGAGAAGCUGAAUGAGCCGAUACAGAGUAUUCAAAGCAAUCUCGUGGAAGUCAUAAAAAAUAUUCGAGAAACUCAGAACAUGGAAGGGGCUUUUGUCGACGCGAUAAUCAAGGAUAUCAAGACGUUGAAGUUUCAGAUUCCUUCGUACCAUAAAUUGGCCUUGUCCGAAACCAGCGCCAAUUUGAUUAACAGGGGAAGUCGUACGCCGAAGCAGAGUGAGUUCAAGUUGCCAAACUUGUAUGGCCAUCAAGUGUUCGACGGAAGUCCCGCUUUCAAAGAGAUUCAACAAGUGUUCGAUGGCCUUGAUAAAGACACCUAUAGGAAGUGCUUUUUAUAUUUCGCUGUGUUUCCUGAAAAUGUAGUGUUGAAGAAGCGCUUUCUCACACAUUGGUGGAUUGGAGAAGGCCUGCUCGAUCCUUCAGGCACCGGAGACGCAACGCCCGAAGAUGUCGCCGGAAUCAUUCUUAAGGAAUUUUCAGACAAGGGUUUGAUCGUGCCGGUGAAGGAAGAACAGAAGAUGAUCAAAAAGAGAUUCAGAGUGCCCCCUCUUGUGCGUUCGGCUGCUAUUACGCUUGCCAGAAAAACACAGUUUUUGGAUUAUGAUUCAGGGGACAACCCAACUGGUAAAUCUUCAGACUGUGACAGGAUUUUCUUGGUGAAGGGGGACAACUAUCACGGGCGGCAAGUGCCAACGAAGACGAAUAUGAAGUUGGAACAAACCAUGAAAUCCAUCUUCAAUGUGAGCCAACCUUUCCCUGAUGCUGCAUUGGAGUGGUUGGCCAAGAAAGGGGAAGUAGACAUGACAACUAUAAAAGUUGUGGAGUGGUUUCUAAAGCUGAGAAAACUCGAAGUUCUUUACUUGGGAAGGUGGCAAAGUGUGGUUGAUGAGCAUCAGAUUGAGGUUGAAAGCAUGGAGUUCCUAAAAGGUUUGAAGAAAAUGAAGCAACUGAGGCUUUUGAGUCUUCAAGGGAUCUUCUGGAUCAAUGAGCUUCCAAAUUCCAUAAAAAGCCUCAAAAACCUCAGGGUUCUAGACUUGAAAUCUUGUCACAAUCUGGAGAAACUGCCUGAGGGAAUGGGAUCUCUCAGGAAGCUCACACAUUUGGAUGUCUCGGGCUGCUAUAUGCUCGACCGAAUGCCGAAGAGCAUAUCGGCGCUCACUGAACUGAGAGUUCUGAAGGGGUUUGUAACAGGAAUGUCAAAUCUUAAUGAUCUAAAAGGCUUAAUGAAGCUGAGGAAGCUGAGCAUCAACACAAGUAGACAGGAUUUUCCUAACGAAACAGAUCUACGCGUUCUACAAGAUCUAGGGGAGCACGGCGUGCUUAGAAAUCUCACGAUCGUGUGGGGGGCAGAAGGAUUGAAGCCAAAGCAACCACCGCCGGGUGUAGGAAAAGUAAACAUUAUGCGACAACUUACAAGGCAAUUAAGCAAACUAAGCACACCACCUUCUGAUGUGAUCUUAAGACUGCCAAAGGAGCUACAGAAGCUGGAGAUUGAAUGCCUACCUAAAGAAGAGUUACCCGACUGGAUAAAUCCUCUCAACUUGCCAAGCCUAAAGAAACUCUACAUUAGAGGAGGGAAACUAAAAGAUCUCGGGACCGAACCGUGGUCGGCCGAGGUUGUACGUCUCAAAUACAUGACGGAGUUGAAGAUAGAAUGGAGAAAUCUUCAGAAAUCUUUUCCAAAUUUGAAGUACUUGCAGAGAGUAAAAUGUCCAAGAGUUACUUUCUGCCCCUGUGAUGUUAAUGGAGUGUGGAUGAAGCACCAACCACAGUAGAGAUAGAAACAAUAAUGGUGGCAUUGAGAAGCAACAACCAGCUGCUCUUCAUCUUUUCUCUUUGAAGCUAUUUUCAUCUUGGCAUUGUUUCCUAUAAGUUUGAUCUUGUUGCCUA